UUUUAAUUGAAUGCAAAGGUUGUUGUCUGAAUCAAAAAUAAAUGUAGAUGGUAACCGUAAAAUUUCAGCAUCAUCUGAUGAGGAUGUUUAUGAUAAUUAUGAUUUAAAUGAAUAUCCUACUCAUUUAAGUAAUAACAAAUAUAGUUCUGUUAGUGGCUCACAUUAUUUUGAUGCAAUAUCACAUAAAUCAUUUAAGCCGAUUCGCACCCCGGGCAAUUAUAUGGACGACAACAAAAGAAAGAUCGACUAUAUCCUCGUUUACAAGGAACCCCUUAUCUACGAUGACGAAGAGAUUAAGAAAGAACAUAGGAGGUUGAUUUUCGAGAAAAAUUUGGUCAAAGAGGGCUUGCAGCUUGAGAAAACCGAUGCUAGGGAAAAUUCCCAAGGAUUAAUUUAUCUCAAAAUUCACGCGCCGUUCGAAGUUCUUUGCAAAUACGCUCAACUCAUGAACAUCAAGAUGCCUAUCAAAGAAGAUAACUUUCUAAUUCAAGUUAGCAAAUUCUGGAAAUAUUUCCAUAACCCAUUCGCCUUAUCCAAAAAAUACAAACCCAAGGAAAUGCAUUAUUUUACCUGUGUUUUUAAUCAAGCCUACAUGGACAGAUUUUUGAUCGAAGAUAAGGAAACAUUUUUUGACAAUGCCAAGAGGAGUAGAAUCGUUCACGAAAUGUUAUCACGUUGCAAAUUCGAUAUGCAAGCCGGAAAAUUUGGUUUAAACAAACUAAUAUCCAGCGACACGUAUAUUAGUUCCUUUCCUUUGCACGAUGGCCCAUUUUUGGAACAUCAAUCAGAUGCUAUGGAGGAUCGGUCUACCAAUAAUCAUCACCUUCCUAAAAAUGAUAGACAGAUAUUGUACGAAAUUUGGACGAAACCAAAAAUGUUUUACAAAGAACAGCCGAUCGGUUUGGUAAGGAAAUAUUUCGGCGAGAAAAUAGCCAUAUAUUUUGCCUGGCUCGGAUUUUACACCACGAUGCUCAUACCAGCUGCCCUCGUUGGCGUCUUGUGUUUCUUUUACGGACUAUUAACCAUCGAUAAUUACAUUCCCACUGAAGAACUCUGCGACAAGAACGGAGUCGGUAAUUUAACGAUGUGCCCAUUAUGCGAUGAAUUGUGUACUUUUUGGAAACUUUCUGAUUCCUGCCUUUAUUCCAAACUUACGUAUUUGUUCGAUAAUCCGGCUACUAUCGCGUUUGCAAUCUUCAUGUCUUUUUGGUCUACACUUUUCCUUGAACUAUGGAAACGCAAGCAAAACGAAUUGGCGUGGGACUGGGAUACGAAGGAUUUCGAGGAGGAGGAAAUAGUUCGGCCGGAAUACGAAACUCAAGUUAAAACGCUCAGGAAAAAUCCUAUCACAAACACCCUGGAGCCAUAUCUCCCACUUUACAGCAAAGCCCUAAGACUUAUGGGAGCCGCUAUCACCGUCUUAACUUUUUUAGUAGUGGUGAUCGGAGUGGUUUUCGGCAUAAUUCUAUACAAACUCUCCAUCGUUUCGGUGCUACAUUCUCAAGGCGACAAAAUUAUUAGUCAAAACGCAAAAUUAACCACAAAUAUUUCGUCGGCUAUUCUCAACCUCUUGGCCAUUCUUUUGCUCAAUAAAGUUUACUCAAAAAUAGCAACCAUUUUGACGGACUUAGAAUGUCCCAGAACUAGGACGGAUUACGAAGACAGUUAUACCCUUAAAAUGUUUCUCUUCCAAUUCGUCAACUAUUAUUCGUCUCUCAUAUACAUCGCUUUCUUCAAAGGAAGAUAUUCUGGAGAUCCCGCUGGAGGAGGCAAGAUUUUUGGCUUUAAGUUAGAACCGUGCGAACCUGCAGGUUGCAUGGCCGAACUUUUCAUCCAAUUCGUAGUCAUUAUGAUUGGGAAGCAAACAUUGAACAAUAUUCAGGAAUUAUUUUUUCCCGUGAUUAUGAAUUGGUGGCGACGACGUUCAUUCCUACGGAGCCUAUCUUCCCCCCUCCUCAAAAAUCAUAAUGCAGACAAUCAUGUCGUAAACGAGAAGGGUGCUACUCCGAUAUCAGAUAACCGGAAGGAAAGUCAAAAUAAUACUCACCAAGAAGAUAACGAUUCAACGGAUAUAUAUGACAACGUUAACGCUACCGAAAAAAAUGGAAAAUCCGAUAAAGAUAUACCUCAAUAUCAAGACGAUUAUAAUUUGGAAGACACGGGUCCUAUGGGGUUAUUCGAUGAAUAUUUGGAGAUGGGUAUACAAUUUGGGUUUACUACAAUGUUCGUGGCUGCUUUUCCCUUAGCUCCCCUUUUCUCGCUUCUGAAUAAUAUUAUUGAAAUACGACUCGACGCUUUCAAAUUUGUUACGCAAUUCAGGAGGAGCAUAUCUUGUCGGGCCCAAGAUAUAGGUGUUUGGUACGAUAUAAUUAACGUUAUUACAAAAUUGUCCGUAAUUACCAAUGCCAUGAUUAUAGCUUUCACUUCAGACUAUAUCCCCAAAAUGGUUUACCAAUACCAUUUCUCGAAAUACGACACGACAUCUGAAAACAAUCUCUUAUACAACCAAUCUAAUUACAAUCAAUACACCCUCGUAGGUUAUAUGAAUCAAAGUCUGUCCGUCUUUAAUCUGUCCUACCUGAAGCCACCUUUAAGAAGUAUCGACGGAAUCUAUAGUGGGAGUUACAGCGACGCGAACACGGAAAAUAUUUCCGUCUGUAGGUACAGAGACUAUAGAAUUGCUGUUCCCCCUUUCAACAUGAGCUACAAGUAUUGGGUCAUAUUGGUUACAAGAUUAGCUUUUGUUAUCAUUUUUGAGCAUUUCGUGUUCGUUUUGACCGAGCUAAUAGCCUACCUAAUCCCCGAUAUGCCCUACAUUCUCAAAGUUCAUUUGGCUAGGCAAAGACUCUUACUCAGAGGAGCUUUGUACGAGUACGACCUCGAUUCUCCGCUGAUCAACCCAGAACCAGGUGUAUCCAAAUCUCGAGCCUCCGAUAAUGUCCACGAAAAUGAGCGCGAGAUAAAUGCCGGAGGCUUGGACGUGAAAAAUAUUGAAAAUAUCGAUCCGAAAAAUCUGGAGGGCGCACGAGACAAAAAGAUAACAAUUAAAGCGGCUGACCUUGAUCCGCAAGCACAUUUUAGCGAUUUCCAAAGUGGUCUUACGAACAAGAAUACCACCCCCACCGAUAUUGCGCGAAAAAAUCUAGCGAUUCGAAAAAAGGUUAUCGAAGAACUCGGCCAGGCUCUCUCGAAAGAUUUACUCGAAAAUAAAAUAUUAAAGGAUCUCGACGAAUUUCAAAUUGGCAAGACGGCCAAAUUUGACGAAAAUAAUCGUUCGACUCAAAUAAAUAUGGACGAUACGCUUGGCGCAAUGCCAAAACAGAGAAUAUCAACAUCUCCGAUGAGGAGAGAUGCCUCCGUUCCAAGGAUAACCGGUAAAACGAGAGAUUCUUUCGAAAAAAGUCUCAUCAAAAGCACUAGAAAUAUUUGAAAAACGUCAUCUAAUAUUAAAUGGGAAUUAAAAUAUUCCUUGUUUGAUUUAUUGAUGGUCGUAAAUUAAAAGAUAAUAUAUAUACAAUCAUCAUAACGACAAAAUAAAAAUGAAACUCAUAGUAAAGAAAAAAUAAAUAAAUCCCCCCCCCCCUCACACAUAUUCUGAAAAUGAAAUUCGUUUUGUUUGAAAAAAAGAAAAAAUUAAGCAUUAUAUACUAAUUUUCUCUGCCCAUGUAAUAAAGUCUUCCAAACUAGAUUAUAUUCUUAACUUCCCUUCCCUCCUCCCUUCAUUCUAUCGUUUUUAUUAAUAUAUAUCAAAAUCUUCUAGUUAUUAUUUAAGAAUAUAAAAUAGAUACCUAUAUAUUAUUAAUUACCUUUUUGCGACGUAAUAUUCUUUUUUAGAGAAAAAUAUUUUAUUUGUAGGAUCUUUAGACAAGGUAUUUUUAAUAUAAAUAUUGCGAUAUUUUUUUAAAAAAAUAUA